AUGAAAACUAGUGUACAAUUUGGAAUAAUUGCAAACUCGAAGACGCGGGUCCGUUGCAUUUUUUGUAAGGUAUAUAUUCCUAAAGCAAAUAAAUGUAUAGAACAGCAUAUAAACGGUUCGAAACACAAAGAAAACUUUGAAUUGAUGACAGAAAACGGCAUAUCUUUUAAUACGGACAUCUUGUAUUGUAAACCUUGUAAAUCAUAUUUGCCGGACAAUCAUUCUAUAUCGGAACAUAUAGAAGGCGCAGCCCAUGCAAAUUGGGUGGCUGCGAUGGAUGAUCUAGUGGAUGGUGAAUUCAUCCGUCUCAACGCUUAUUUAUCUUCCGAUACAGAAAACGUUUUUUGCGAAGUGUGCAAAAAGAAUAUUCAUUGCACUCUUCAAAACAUAGAGGAACAUGUCAACAGCCUAAAUCAUCGUUCCCACAUUGUGGAGAAACUGAAACCAAUUAAUGGCAUAUUUAGAGUUAACAAUGAAGACGAAGUAUGGUGCAAAGUGUGUGAUGAAUACAUUGAUAGCCAUGUUCUUAAUAUCCUGGAGCAUAUUGACGAGGAUGACCAUCACAUGGAAUGGUUUAUGGAGAUUGAAGACCUAAUGGAAGGACAAGAUAUGUCUAUUGUUAAUUACCUAGCCAAUGAGUUUGAGAAAUUUGCCUACUGUAAUAAAUGUAAGGUUGAAAUAAUUUGUAAUGCUCAGAGUAUUGAACAGCAUGUCAAUAGCGAGUCACAUUUGAACCAAUUUAGUUAA